AUGUUAAACCCUGAGAUGUUUCUUGACUCGGAUACAGAAAAUGAUCUUAUACAAGACACAGUUGUUGCUUUCACUUCACGGCACUUGACAGAAGCGAUUGAGGGGCAAGUGUUGUACCAGGAAAAAUAUCACAAGGAAAAGAUCAAAACCCUAACAGUUGCUUUGGUUAUUUGCCUAAAUAUUGAUAUCGAUCCUCCGGAUGUACAAAAAAUUCCACCUUUCUCAAGAGUGGAAGCAUGGGUCGACCCAACCGAUGCUAACAGUCUACACGCUCUAGGCAAUAUCGGAAAAAAUCUUCAGGCUCAAUAUGAACGAUGGCAGCCUCGUGCCAGAUAUAAACAGUGCCUUGAUCCAACUUUAGAUGAUGUGAAAAAAUUGUGCCUUAGUUUAAGACGCAACGCAAAAGAUGAUAGAAUUCUGUUUCAUUACAAUGGACAUGGUGUCCCCAGACCCACCGAGAAUGGAGAAAUAUGGGUUUUUAACACGAAAUUUACUAAAUAUAUACCGUUAUCAUUAUAUGAUCUACAAAGAUGGUUAGGUGCUCCAACUGUUUAUGUAUUAGAUUGUCAAAAUGCUGGGAGAAUAAUACAUAUGUAUGAAGUUUUCUGUGAACGUCGAAAAGCUGAAGCAGCUGUAGUUGAACAAAGACAAAUGGAAUGUGAUGGUAAAACUGAUCAAUCAGAAACAUUUCAAUGCAAUCAUCAAACAUAUUCUGGAUCAAAUUUUCCAAAUAUUCAUAAUCAAGCCACAUUACCAUCGUCCUCCACUGCUCAUGUUGUCAGUAUGGAAAAUACAUUUAUGUUGGCUGCAUGUAGUAAAGAUGAAGAUUUACCACAGAAUCCAAAUCUUCCAGCAGAUUUAUUUACUGCUUGUUUAACUACACCAAUUCGUAUGGCACUUCGUUGGCACUGGUUACGUCAUCAAGAAUAUUUUCCUGGCUACCUAGACGAAUCUUUAUUAGAUCGUAUACCUGGCUCUCAUUCAAAUCGUAUGUCAUUACUUGGUGAAAUUAAUUGGAUAUUCACUGCAGUAACUGAUACAAUAGCAUGGUGUAGUUUUCCAUUGGAUAUAUUUCAGAAAUUAUUUCGUCAAGAUUUAUUAAUUGCUAGUUUAUUUAGAAAUUUCUUAUUGGCUGAACGUAUUAUGAAAUAUUAUGGAUGUCAUCCAGUGUCAGCUCCUCUGUUAUUACCAACUUAUCAGCAUAGUAUGUGGGAUGCAUGGGAUCAUACUGUAGAUCGUGUGAUACAUUAUCUACCGAAAAUGUUAAAAAUCAUUGAAGGUGGUAGCCUAUACACUGAGAAAUUAUUGCCAAUAAUAAUUCCCAACUCAAAUACGGUUGUCAAUAAUAAUAAUGGUGGACUAUUAAUGAAAACAGUCAACAACAAUUAUCCAAAUUCAAACAAAAUUACUACCACUACUACUAAUAAUAAUAACAAUGGUAAUAGUAAUAAUAAUAACAAUAAUAAUAAUAAUAAUAAUGGUAAUAAUAAUCGUAUACCAGGGCCACCUUGUCCAACUGGCAAUAUUCCAUUGGAUGUGUGUACAAAUCGUGCUCGUCAUUUUUCUACACAACAACAAACUCACCUAUUACAACAACAGUAUCAACGACAGGAAAUUCCACAAGGAAUCCACUCAGGGUUAUUACCAUUGAAACCAGUCAAAUCAACUGUUCCUUCAGUUUGCGUAUAUCCACCAAAUAAGUCACAUAGUGAUAAUAAUAACGAUGGCAAUAAUAUCGCUAUUUCACAGCAACCAUUGACGAAUCCAACUAAUCCUGACUUGAUUACGAGUUGUGAUGUUGCGUCAACCAUGACAUCAAGUACGGUGUCCACUGUGACCGUGUCGUCGACUUUCGUUUCUACAACAACAACAACAGCUGUUACAAAAUCAAGAGCAGUUGGUAAAGCUGGUCAUUUGAGAAAUCAUCCAACCAACCAAUUGAUUGAUACUCAUGAGAAGAAAUCUCAACUGAAUCAUGAUUGUCUUCAAUGUGACAAUAAUGAUCAUUCUACAGCUAAUGUACUACAGUAUGGAUUGCCUCCUGAGUGUCUUCAAACUCAACAUUAUCCAGUUACUGUUACUACUAUUACUACUAAUACUGUGACUACUGCCACUCUUAAUACAUCUAGUCGAACUUCUGAGUUAGUAUCAAAAUCGAAGGUAUUCAAUCUAUUGAGCUCGGAUUUAGUUGCCCCACCUCCAGGAUUUAAUAAUAAUAAUAAUAACAAUAACAAUAACAAUAAUAAUAAUAAUAAUAAUAAUAAUAAUAAUAAUAAUGCUGAUAAGCUUCAGUCGCAACCGGUAACAGCCAUGUUGAUUGAUUCAGAACAAAAUAAUCAUCCUCCUACUACCAAUACUACUGUUGAAUUUAUCAGUAAUGAUACUAAUGUUAGUAAUAAGGAUUUGAUUGAUAUAAAAUCAACUCUUCAUAAAGUGAAACAGAUGGAUCACUUAGAAAUUACUGAGUUUACUAAUCAAAAUACUAAUGACGAAUCCCACUUUACCAAUGAUGAUAAUAAUGAUAAUGAACCGAAAUUUCUCACUACUACUACUACUGCUAUGAACAAUAACGAUUCUGCAUCAAUUGUUCACCAUACCAUAACAAAUGAAACAGAAAAGUCAGUUGAACAAGCGGAUAACCAAAUCUCGAAGACAACGAUACCGAGCGGUUUUCAUCCUUCUCAACAACAACACCAGAACACAUCAAAUACUCAUCACGAUCAUCGUCAAAAAGAUUCAUCUAGCCGGAACAAUAAGGUUAAAUAUUUUGAACAUGAUGAUAACCAGAAUAAUGAAACCAGUCAAGAAAAAAUCUGUCAUGAGAAUAAUGAUAACGAUGAUGAUGAUGAUGUUGGUGAUGACGAUGAUUCGACAGACAAUUCUGAAACAGAUGACGACGACGAUGAUGAUGACAUUGAUGUUGACGAGGAAGACGAUGAUGAUGAUGAUGAAGAGGACGAUGAUGGUGGUGGUGACGAAGAGGAAGAAGACAAUAGGGCGGAACAAUACAAAUGUAAUAAAACUACUUUAAAUGUUCCAAAUACCAUCGGUUCAACAGCAAAAGUUAUGAAUACAACAAUAAGUCCCACGAUUACUACUACUACUACUACUACUAUUGAUAAUUGUUCUACUCAAUUAUCUUUGCAUUCAACGGAAAAUUGUCAUGAAUCGAAUAAAGUUGAAAAUAAACCAUCCAUAGGAAUUGUUGACAAUAGAACUAACCUUUUUAGUGGUAUUGGUAAUAGUAAAUUGAUGAAUAAAAAGCACGAUAAACAAUUUUCUCGUAGUAUAUCCUGUUCUGAUUUAUAUACACAUACAAAUUGUAAUGAUCAACAUGUUUCACAACCACAAAUUACACGUCAACAACAACAUCAACAACCCCAUUCGAAAUUAACACAUGAACAAGUAAACAUGAACACAUAUGAUGAGAAUAAUACUACUAAUCGAUGUCAACACUUACCACAAGGAGUAGUAGUAGAACAUCAACAAACACCAUUAAACUUGAAAAAUAAUAAUCAUGAUGGUACUGUAACUACUGAAAAGGCAACAUUAAUCAAAUUAACAGAAUCUACUAAAUUGAUGAAUAUGACUUGUAAAGGUAUAGUACUAAGUGAAACUAAUGAUCAAGCACAGAAACAAUCACAUGUUCAUGUACAAAAUAAUGAACUAAAACAACAAGAUAUAGAGAAUAGUGUAGUUGUUUCUGCAAUAAAAUGUAAAUUAAACAAUGACCUAUCAUCAAUGAAACAAGCUGAAAAUUCUAAAACUUCUGGAAACUCACGUAUUUUCACUCCAAUGAAACCUCGUCAACCACCGAUUCACACACAGUAUCCACAUGGUUAUGAAAAGUUGUACCUGUUACCGAAUAGUGGUGAUAUUCAGAAAGUGACUGGAGCCUGUCGGCAUCGAGUUAUUAGCAAUCACUCCAGCAAUAAAUCAGCGACAGUAAGCCAACAACUAGGAGGACCAAUAACAACAACUACAGUUUCAUCCGCACAGACCAAACAUAUCAAACAGUAUUUUGACUCUAGAACUUGUACAAAAUUACCAAAUGCAAAUGAUCAUUGUAACAAUAGAGUUAUUCUACCAAAUAAUGUUAAUUAUCAAAAUGAACAUUACCCGGAUCCAAAUAAAUCUCAGUUGAAUUAUUCCGACACGUUAUUAUUACCACCACCGUCAUCUAACCAACGAAUGAAUACAUCGUCAUCUACGUUAACACAAUUGUCUCAUUGUCAACAGUCAAUGACUAAUCAAUUCGUCAGUCCCACGGUGUCGACGGCUUCUACUACGGCUGCCACUACUGCUACCACCACGACUGCUACAGUUUUUUCUGGAUCAGUGAUAGGUGGAAGUGGUCCAUCGUCAUUUUUCACUAGUCAAAUGACUGCAUUCAAAAUCUGGUUACAAACGGCUGAUGAACGACGUCCUGUAGCUACGCAAUUACCAAUUUUAUUACAGAUUUUACUAAGUCAAAGUCAUCGAAUACGUGCAAUGCAAUUACUCAGUGAAUUUCUUGACUUAGGACCAUGGGCAGUAGCGCAUUGUUUAACAGUUGGAAUAUUUCCUUACAUUGUUCGUUUAUUUCAUUCACCAGUUUCAGAAGUGAAACCAUAUUUGGUAUUUAUUUGGGGCAAAAUUAUUGCCAGUGCACAAACUGAAUUCGGUCGAAAUGAUUCAGUUCGUGAUUUCGGUUAUAAAUAUUUCAUCGCUUGUUUAAGUGAUACUGAAAAUCUUUCGCCUCUUACUAGAACAAUCACAGCGUUUGCAUUAGCUAAAAUGUUGGAAAAAGAUGAAUCUGAAGAGCCUGAUCCAUUUUUUCAAGAUGUUUAUUUAAAACAAAAUUUUUUACCAAUUGUACAAACACAAUUAUUUGAUAAUACUCCAACAGAAAAUGAAGAAAUGCUUAUACGUAUGAGAUUAUGGCUUAUUCUUGCAUUAGCUAAAUUGUGGUGUAAAAAUGAUGAAGCCCGAUGGUUUGGUAUACGACAUAAUUUACCAGAAGUACUUCUGGCUUAUUUAAAUGAUAUUUCACCGGAGGUUCGAGCAGCUACAGUUUAUGCUCUUGGCAAUCUCAUUGAAAAUCAAACUACUGAUUCAUCGAAACAAAAUCAUGCAGAUCAAAUAAGUCAUGAAAUUGGUGGUCAAUUAGUCAAAUAUUCAUCACGUGAUGCUUGUCCAUUAGUACGUUGUAUGGUUGUUGAAGCAUUUCGUGGUUUAGUGAAACAAUUCGAAUCACAAUUAUGCGCUAUUGGUAUACAAUAUAUCCAAGAAAUAUAUAAUAAACAAUCUCAACAAAAAUCACACCAAAAUUCUACAAAAUUAUCAUUACAUUCAAUAACAUCAUGCCCUGCAAAAAGACCUAUGCGUCAUAGUACAAUAAGUGUAGUUACUCCACCAGGAGGUUCGGGGAACGGCGGAGGCGGAGGUCUACUCAUAUCUCGUCAAUCAGAGUUAACUUCUAAUCAUAUCACUUUACAUAGUGGUUGGUUUUUAACAAAAUCAUCAAGUCGAGAAGUUGAUCAACAACAUAACUACAAUUAUUAUUAUUCUCAUCAUAAAUCUCAUUUAAUCAAUGCACAACCACAAGCUUCGCCAAUUUUGCGCAAAUCUGUUUUCAAUCCUGGUUCAGUGUUUUUCACUGGUAGUGGUAAUACACCUAGUACAAAUAUCUACGUUCAAUUUUGGCUUACAUUAGUUCAAUUAGCUCAAGAUCCUUAUCCAGAAGUUUCUCGUCUAGCUACAAUUUUAAUACAGUAUCUAUAUGGAAAGAUUCGUGAAAAGGCUGAAUUUCAAGCUAUUUGUUACAAUUCACCAAAUAAUAAUGAUAAUAAUGAUAAAUUUAUAACAAAUGAAGAUACAACUUUAAUCUCAUCAUUGAAUACAUCAUUCACAAGUAGUAAUACAUCGAAUGACAAUGCAUCAAAUACUGUAAACGAAUUGAAUUCUACGCCUGAUAACAAUAAUUCAAGCCGUUUUUCAGAAAAUGCUUCUAUUAAAGAACUAAAUUCUAAUUCUAUUACAUCAAUGACUACUAAUUCUGCAUUACAAAUGACAACUACUAAUCCCUCCUCCAGUUCCCUUAUUCAUUCUGCACAAUUCCCUGGUCGACGACAUCAACAAACUGAUCAACGGUUACGUGUAUCUGUCACAAAUUCUCCACAAUUACCUAAUACAAUAAUCUCUAAUAACACUGUAACAUGUGAAUUACCGGCUACUACCACUAAUAGUAGUGGUAGUAAUAGUAAUUACCCGUCAUCACUAGAUACUGUACACACUCAGUUUUUUGCUUGGUCUUGUCGAUGGUUUACUCGUCCACUUUUAUCUAAAUAUGGACAAUUGAACAAUGGACAAUCGAAAAGUCAAACUACCUCAAAAAACUCCUUCGAUUAUGAACCAGUCUCAUUGGGUACAAUCUCUAUUGAUCCAAAAGCAGUCGCUUAUACAGAUCGUGUGAAUCGUUUAAAAAAACAACGAAAAAUAUCUCAUCUAGGACGUUUACAAUGGGAACGUGUUGCUGGACAAAUUUCACAUCCAUUAGUUACAUCUAAUUCAAAUGUUAACACUACAACAACUACAAUCAGUCGAAAUAUUUCAUUUUGUUAUCCAACACCUAUCACUACUACUACUACUACUUAUAAUAAUAUUAGUAGUAGUGUUGGUAUGAGUAACAUGAGUAGAAGUCGUAUUAGUCUUCGUAGCAAUGAUAGUGGUGAUAAUAAUAUAAAUAAUUCCCUAGAUGAUUAUUGUUUACAUCCUAUAGCUUUUUAUAAUCAUCAUCUCAAUCAUGGUAAUAAUAAUAAUAAUAGUAAUAAUGAUAAUUAUUGUUCUAUAUCAAGUCAAGUGAAAUUUCAUCCAUAUCAACCUCAUUUAGUGAUGAUUAAUUCAGAACGUAAAGGUGUUACAAUACAUUCAACGAAAAAUUUAAAACUUUUACAUUCAAUUAAUACAUUCACUACAAAAUCAUCAUUAUUCCCUGAUUUUCCUUCAACUAUAGAUGGAUAUUCACGUGUUGGAUACGUUACCGAUAUUGAAUUUAUAAAUGCAGAUGAAGAGGAAAGUUUGUUGUUAACUGCAACAGAUGAUGGUUACAUUCGUAUAUGGCGUAAUUACACACAUCAUCUUGGUCAAGAUCCUGAAAUUCUUACUGCUUGGAAUGGAAUAACAGAUUUAUAUCAAACUGAUUAUCCAGUUGGUGUUGUUGUACAUUGGAGUCAACAAUCAAAUCAACUUAUUGUAUCCGGUGAUACACGUAUUAUACGUAUAUGGGAUUGUUUAUGUGAAUCUAGAUUAAGAGAUAUUAAUACAGGAUCAGAUAUAUCAGUGACAUGUUUAACAAAAAGUAUAGAUAAUCAUUUAUUAGCUGCUGGAUUCAAUGAUGGUGGUAUACGUGUUUGGGAUGUACGUGUACCAUCUUUGAAUCAUAUUAGUUGUAAUAAUAUGAGUGGUAGUAGUAGUAGUAGUAGCAGCAGCAACAAUGAUAGUCUUAUUUUCAACAGUCAAGCUGAUACUGCUAGAAUUUUCAAAGUUGUCUUUUCAUCAACUAAUCGAUUAUAUGCUGUUGGUGCUAUGGGUGGAAUUGGUGCUUGGCAUUUAUCAUUUCCAACUGAGAAUAAUAACACUACCCCUACAACAAUCACUUCAAAUACUCCACUUUUACCAACUUCAUUGAAUUCUAAUUCUAAUAAUAAUAAUAAUGGUGACAGUACACGUCAUGAUCAUAUCAAUCUAUCAAAUCAUCCACGUAGAUAUAUAUCCACAGUGGUUAGAUCAUCAACAAAUAAUACUGUUAAUAAUUCUUCAACAACUCGACGAUUUCGACGUUUACCUUGUCCACCACGUUUAUCUUUACCAAUGAAUUCAUCGGUUAAUUGUGCUGAUUUAUUGGUUAAUCUAUCAUCACCACAUGCACAUCUUGCAUUAGCUGGUAUUCGUGGUCAAUCAAGUAUUUCAUUACAUCGUAUUCAAGAUGGUAGUUUACAUUCUUCUAUCAGAAAUUUUAAUAUUACUAACAAUAAUAAUUUUGGUCGUGAACAAUUUGGAACUCCCACAUGUUGUGCUUUUCAUCCAAACGAGCCAUUGAUUGCCGCCGGUUUCCAUGAUCGAACACUUGUUCUUUUAAAUGUUCAAAAUAAAUCCAUAAACAAAGAAGUAUAAAAUCAAUUGAAGACUAUUUUAUCACACAUAGAGACACACACACUUUGUACAUGAUUCAUUUAUUUCUUUUUUCAUUCAUUCUUUGCCAACUAUUCGAUUAUUAUGAAUGAUGUGUUUAUUGUCUAUUUGCAUGUUUAUUUAUUACAUAAUAAACAUGAGUAGAUUAUCAUUUAUUGAUUUCAGUUCAAUAGAAAUGAAGAGAAUCAUACUGAUCAAUGUUUUUUUUUAUUGAUCAUUGUGAAUAUCCCUGUGAUCAUCAUCAUCAUCAUCAUGAAUAGUUUUAUCGUUUCUCAUCUAAAUGAACAGAUGACAUGAAUGAAUGAAUGAGUGAAUACUCUUCGUUGUUUAGGAAUCUCCACACACACACACACACACACACACACACACACACACACACACACACACACGGAGAUAAGCUUAUUGUUUCCAUAUUGUCCAUAAUUAUUUUAACUUGUAAUUUAACUUUUGUUUCUUCUCAGUUUGUUAAUAAUCUGUUCUAGAAUUGUUUAUAUUGAAAGAAGAAAAUAAAAAAAAAUGAGAUGACAAGUUUUUAUGUUGGUUAAAUUGUUCUUUUUUUUUUCUUCAAUGUUCACUAUGUAUGUAUCUAAGUUAUGAACAAACACAUUUCUUGGUAGUAGUCGUGGUGCUCUGUGGUGGUGGUGAUGAUGAUGAGGUUGGGGUUGGAGUUUUCAUUAACUUAGUCGAUAUGUUUAACAUGAUAAAAUUGUCAUUAUUUUUUAUUGAACACUAUAAUAUUCAAUGUAAUUCAUACAUCUUCAUUCAUUCACUCAUUCAGUACCAUUGUAGAUAGAUACUGUUAUAGUUGUGAAGUUUUUAUAGAAAAGAAUCUAAGAAUUUAAGUCAUUGGAUUCAUAUUUGGAAAUGUUUUUUUAUCUAAAACAUUAAAAGCAAAAAGAUGAUUGAACUAUCUGUGUGUGUGUGUGUAUAUAUCAAUUAGAGUGACAUGGUGUGUUUUGUCACAUGCUGUUCUGCUGCAAUUUACUAUAAUCAUGAUGUUAAAAGUGUGUAUGUAUGUAUGUAUGUACGACAUAUGAAUGUGUAUAAAUACAAGUGUUCUUUUUUUUUAGUUAU